AGCACCGCCAUGGCUCGGCGCGCCGGCCUAAACCGUCCGGCCGGAAACGCGGCCGCGGGGCGGGGCGGGGCCGCGACCACGCCCCCCCGUGCCGCGGAACCUCCGUGCGCGGCGUGAGGAGCCGGGCGGGCUGGACAGUGCGGCGGCACGAUGAGCACGAAGCAGGUGACGUGCAGGUAUUUCUUGCAGGGCGUGUGUCGGGAGGGCAGCAAGUGCCUGUUCUCCCAUGACCUGGCCACCAGCAAAUCCUCCACCAUCUGCAAGUACUACCAGAAAGGGCAGUGUGCCUACGGCUCCCGCUGCAGGUAUGACCACGUGAAGCUGCCCCCGGGCGGAGCCGCGGCCCCGGCGCCCCCCGCGGCCCCGGGCAGCCCCCGGGCGCCCCCCGAGCCCGGCGCCGGCGCCCCCCGCAGCCGGAGGGAGAAGAGGACGCUGGUGCUGCGGGACAGGAAGCUGUGCGGCUCCAGCGAGGAGCAGGCGCCGCCCUCGGUGGCCGGGGCGCUGCCGUGCUGCCCCGAGCCCGGCGACGGCGAGGAGGAGGAGGCGCCCAAGCCGCACUCGUACCUGGAGGCCAUCUGCAGCGGCCUGGAGGAGGCGGCGCCCGGCGGCUGCCCCAGCGCCCCCGCGGAGCAGCUGUGUCCCUACGCCGCCGCCGGCGCCUGCCACUUCGGGGAGCGCUGCCUCUACCUGCACGGGCAGCUGUGCGAGAUCUGCGGCCUGCAGGUGCUGCACCCCUUCGACCCGGAGCAGAGGAAAGCCCACGAGAUGAUGUGCAUGGCAACCUUUGAGCACGACAUGGAGAGGGCCUUUGCCAUCCAGGCCAGCCAGGACAAGGUGUGCAGCAUCUGCAUGGAGGUGGUGUACGAGAAGGCCUCGGCCUCAGAGAGGAGGUUUGGGAUCCUGUCCAACUGCACCCACACCUACUGCCUGUCCUGCAUCCGCCAGUGGAGGUGUGCCAAGCAGUUUGAGAACCCCAUCAUCAAGUCCUGCCCCGAGUGCCGCGUCAUCUCCGAGUUUGUCAUCCCCAGCGUGUACUGGGUGGAAGAGCAGGAGAAGAAGAAUGAGCUGAUUGAAGCAUUCAAGCAGGGAGUGGGGAAAAAGCCCUGCAAGUACUUUGAGCAAGGCAAGGGGACGUGUCCCUUUGGGGGGAAGUGUCUGUACCUGCACGCCUACCCCGACGGCACCCGCGCCGAGCCCGAGAAACCCAGGAAGCAGCUGAGCUCCGAGGGCACUGUCAGGUUCUUCAACUCCGUGCGCCUGUGGGAUUUCAUCGAGGACAGGGAGAGCCGGAGCGCGCCCGGCGCCGACGCCGAGGUGACGGAGCUGGGGGAGCUCUUCAUGCACCUCUCUGGGGCUGAGCAGGAGCCCAGCGAGCCCCCAGAGCCCCUCUGAGCCCCCUCAGCUGCCUGCCUGCCUGCCAGGCUUCUCUCUCUCCAGCACAGGUAGAGCAAAACGUGCCCUGCUGCUCACUUGUGCAGUCCUGCUAAAGUUUUCAGAUCGUUUUUAUAUGGCAACAACAAAAAAAGACUAAAAUAUAUUUAAAAGAAAAACCAAAAAAAUUGGCUGCAUGGAAAAAAAUCCCUUAAUCCCAGGAGGGUUUUGUCCCUCUCUGGCCUAACAUAUGCUGUCUUGUGAGCUGAGUGGUAGUGUAAAUACAGGUCCAGUGAAAGCUUCAGCUGGUAAAAACUGUUGCUAAUUAGA